CCGCAAAUGUAGAGGUUUCGGAUGGAGUUGUACAAGGAACGGAGACGCUACAACGAUUGUAGUAAGGGAGUCUCCUGGAUCGAACCCCAAAAAUGACGUCUGCGGCCAGUAACAUCCAUACAAAUCGUCUGAAAAAAAGUAUUCCAGAGCAACAAACUGCAGUACCUGACAGCACAACAACAAUAGAAAGAGAAAUGUCCGAGUUUUCUUUAGGCCAAGAUGUUUUAGUUAAGCAGAAAGAUGAUCGGUAUUAUUUCGGAACCGUGGUCCAAGUGAAUAGUAUUAGAGAACAGUGUUUAGUGAAAUUUGGAGAUAAUACAUAUAAUUGGUCGUGCUAUAAGGACUUGACCAAGUUGAGUACUUCAGAACAUGAGGACUUGUUAUGUGUCGUUUGUAAAAAAUCUGCUCCAAAGAAUAAACAUGAGAUCAUCGUUUGUGAUAAGUGCGGUAGGGGGUAUCAUCAGAGGUGUCAUCAGUCCGAGAUUCCUGUUAGUUGCCAAAAGGAAGGUUCAACGUGGAUGUGUAAACGGUGUUUAGACAGCGAUCCACACCGACUGAAAAAAAGCGAUCUAAGGCAUCGAAGGGACUCUUUACGUAGCGUUUCAUCUUCGAGCACUCACGAAAUCCAAGCCUCUCCCUCGUCAACUGUAAAAGUAUUACCAUAUGAUCUGAACUCGUUAAACUGGGAUACAUAUCAUAGAGUAAACGUUGAACAAAUCUAUUGUUAUUGUGGGGGAAACGGAGAAUGGUACAAGCAAAUGCUGCAGUGUGGACGGUGUCGGCAAUGGUUUCACGAGAAAUGCCUGGAUUGUCUCCAGUACCCUUUAUAUUGUGGAGACAGGUUCUACGUGUUUGUGUGUUCGAUAUGUAACCAUGGAAAAGAUUUUUUAAGAAGGCUGGAAAUGAAGUGGGUGGAUUUGGUACACCUUAUGCUGUUCAAUUUGACUGCUUAUAAUUGUAAAAAGUAUUAUGAUUUGGAUACAGUUGUCAUUCCGUACAUCCACGAUAACUGGCAUGCUCUUCAGCUACCACCAAAGAUCGCAAACGUUAGUAAGUCUGAACGAAGAGAGAACAUCCUAUCCGUUUUGACAAACAACCGCAACCGCUUUAAAUGCGGCCGGGAGAUAAAGAAACGUACGACGAUAUGGGGACUGCGCGUGCGUCUGCCUCCCCCAGCCCCCUGCGUCACCCUGCCCGUUAGUGGUCUGGUGACAGAGGAGGAGCUGCGCGAGAUGUGGCAAGGAAACAGAAGACUGCAAUUCCUACAGUUAGAUAAAAAUAUACCAAUUAAGAGGGUGAUUCCCACAGACACCCACAUGAAGAGUCUCAUGAUGGGCGUGGCUUACCAACAGAACUCCACGCAUUCCGAGACGGACUCGCCCUGCCCCAGUCCGGAGAUAGGCCGCGAAGAGCCCACAGUAGAAAAUAACUUGAAGAUAGUACAAAAAGCCGAGUUCUUAGGUGCAGGUUGUGCCAAAAAGAGUGUACCCUUUAAGAAAAUGAGUUUACAGCGAAGGAAAAAGUUACUAGCCAUGAAUAAUAGGGAUCGAGACAGGCUCUUGAAGAGGCCCAAACGUAGGGUAACCUGCGAGGGGCUGGGGGACAAAGCCUCGAAGGAGGGGCAACCAAAAAGACUAAGUUUAGAUAGUAAAAAUAAUAAAAGUAGUGAAACACUGCCACCCACCCCUCCGACGUCCGUCAGUGCUCCUCCCACCCCUCCUGCUUCCAAUACAACAUCGAUUAUAUCGGAUUUAAGUAACGACUUUUCGGAAAACUCAAACAACAUGACGAAAGUAAUAAACGUUAAGAAAUCCAGUCUGCUGGACCUGGCGUCCGAGCUGAACACGCCCUGUGACACUUCCGGGGACGAGACAAGUUCCAAAAGUACCCUGGACACGAUCAUACCGCCCCCCAAGGACUUCGAGGGUAAAAACAACCCGUUCCUGGCACUGCUGAAAGUGGUGUCGGAGGACAGGAAGGUGAAGAAGAAGAAGAACAACAAAGAGAUCACCCUGCCAUUGCCUUUAACAGCUGUGAUACCUGGUAAGCCCGUGAUGCGGCCCAUGAAGAGGCAGUUGAGCGAGAAGGAUAUCAUCAUAGGACCCAACGGGCAGGUGAAACGCAAGAGGUUUAGGAGAAGCAGAAAUCUUAACAUUAAUUAUACUGCCGGGCAAACGGCAAGUAAAACGGCUGCCGUGGUGCCCGUUCGACCUGACGCCAAAGAAUGGGGGCAGAGGUCGAGCCAAUCUCAGACUAACUCACCUAUAGGUAACUGCGUGGACUAUGCCCUUAAUGGCCGACGUCUGAGGCAGCGACCGGAGCGGCCUCCCCAAGAGAAAGAGAAGGUGUCGAAUCCCCCCACGCCCAAACCCAGUCCUGUCAAACAGGAACCGGAUAUAAGCAUGGAUGACCUGAAGACUUCCGUCAACAUUUACUUCGGUGCUGCCAACCGCAUAGCCGCGGGAGAGCGGUUCGGGGUGAAGGCGAAGCGUAUCGGCCCUAUGGGCAAGAUGGAGUACUUGAUCGAGUGGGAGGGGCCUAGUAACGGAAUGACCUGAUAUGCGUGUUUCGGUGUUUCUGCUUAUCGUAUUCCAUUUCCAGCCAGUGGGUUAAAGGAUGUUUGGAGAGGCGUAGAUUUUUUUAUUUCGGUCGUUGCGGCGCGUUUACAGCUCAUUGGUACUCGAAACGAGCCGGCAAAGGGGGCAUUAGUUACCUAAUGUAUGUGGUUCCUCGUCCAUGUUUUAAAAAUCUACAGAGAAUUGUAAAGGAUUUGCUUGAAUGUUUCCGCGAAUCAGGUAACGUAGAAAUUAGCUUUGAUAUAC